AUGAUGGUGUGUCCGCACACAACUCUAAAGAAGCCCAGGAAGUCAUUGGAAGAGUGGAACGAAGUCGUUAUUCUUCCUCAGUUAUGGUUUGGUGGGGAGUGUGCUUUGAUGGCACCACAAAGCUCCAUUUUUGUGGGCCAGUUCAACUCAGCAGUGGCUGCAAAAGAACAUUCCAGGGUUCAUCUCUGUCUCGGAUUGGCUCUCAGAAAGUCCUGA